UGUGAACUUUUUUGACAGGUAGAAACCGUGUGAAAAUCGUUUACGAACAAAGAUUCGUGAAAUAAACCCAUAAAAUUCGUUUAAUUUGUAACAGUAAUGUGUUGAAAUAAGUGAAGAACACUAUGGCAUUCUUAUGUCCAGUGAGAAUUAGAAGGGGAAAGAAGAAGAAAUCAAGCAGUGGAGACUCAGACAAAGAGUUGUCUAGGCCAGGCUCAGGGCUAAGUCCUGGCAUGGGCCGCAUCACAGGCUCGGCUAGUAUUGAGACACUUGUGAGGGUUGGAAUAGAGAAGGAGCAUGGCCUCAGUCCGGACUCAAAAAUGGUAGUCUUGCAUGACUUUGCACCAUGUGUUGAUGAUGAACUAGAGGUAAAACGUGGCCAAAUUGUAAAUGUAUUGUAUCGAGAAAAUGACUGGGUAUAUGUGAUAGUAGCUGAAUCAAGAAGAGAAGGCUUUAUUCCACACUCGUAUUGUGCACCGUGCGAACACCAUGACCUGAAAAAGAAACUGCCUAGGAGUAGAUCUCCAACAGAUAUGACGCAUAGAGAUGUUUCACAAUUAUCAGUUUCGGACGGUGCAACAAACGAUGGUCAUUCAGAGUUAGGAAGCGAAGGUGAAGCUUGCCCUUUCAGUAAAGACCCUUCAGGACGAUAUGUCGUCCUCUACACAUUCACAGCAAGAGAUGAAAAUGAUGUUGAUGUGGAGAGAGGGGAAUUUGUCACAGUGCUAAAUAGAGAAGACCCAGACUGGUACUGGAUAGUCAGAAGUGAUGGGCAAGAAGGAUUCAUACCCUCUGGCUUUGUUUAUCCUGCUGUAGUACAAGCGGCACAACAAGAAAACCCACCACAACAGAUCCAUUCACCGCCUUCGACGAACCCGAACAACACUAUGAUGUCGCCCAGCACUAACACUACGCAACAGGACAGCGACGGCCGGUACCACGGGACAGAGCUAGUCAUGCUUUACGAUUACAAGGCACAAGCUCCAGACGACUUAUCAGUGAAGAGAGGAGAGUGGGUUUACGCAGAUCUAACCCAGCAAACCGUAGAAGGAUGGUUGUGGGCCCACGCACCCAAGUCGCGGCGGUCCGGGUUCAUUCCGACUGCUUACGCCAGGGCGCCGCACACCACGUCACUUUGACACUUGUAGGGUAGGAUGUGAACGGGCGAUCACAAACAUCACGGAAGCCGGAAUAACAAAGCCAUAAAAGGAAACAGUUCAAAAUGUGUGCCCAACGUGUGCAACAUAAAAUAUUUUCCACUAAUAAUAAUUUUCUGUACAAAAAAUAGGGUAGUUGGUUGACAUCACUAGUCAAUUGACACACUUUUUAGGCGAAGGACGACCUACGGAUAUGACGUCGCAAGUAAGGUAACCCAAUUGACUGAAUUUUAUUGUUUUCAAACUACAAAAAACCAAUAUUACAGCAAAUUGAAAAAAGACGGUUUUCUUUAGAGCUGCUACUGAAGUGUUUUUUAUUGUAAAAGGAACUGUCUUGAAAUUAUUGGAGUCAGUCAACUACCCAUAUUUCAUAAUGGAGAAUUCAUUUGGGAAAAAGAUUUAUUGUUCACAGUAGUUCCUUUGACAGCUUUUGAAGAAAUUACUGUGACUUUAGUUCUUAAGUAUUUUUACUUGAAUGAACUAGAAAUAUUGAGAGAAAAUGGAAUUUAUGCUCAAAUUUGAAAGGCCAGUUUUGAAGUACUUACACUAUUUUCAGAAUUUAUAAAAACAGUUGGGUGAUUUCUUUUGUGCAUCAACUUAAGUUUUCUACAUAAUCUGCUGAAAUGCUCAUAAAGGUUGUAAAUUAAACCCAUUCUACAUGCCCCUUAAAAAUAUUUUCUUUUUUUUUCAUAUAGUUUAGACAGUCUCAUAAUAAGUUGUGAAUAAGACUCUGAUUUUUGUUCUGUUACUUAAAUUUAUGUUAGUGUAUUACAUUAGGUACUUUUAAUUUCUGCUUAAAAUUAUAAUUUUAUUGUUAACUCUUUGCCAUAAUUGUUAAGUAAAAACAAGAAGUAGGUCUUCCAUUAGGAAAAAAAUGAGGCAUUUCAAACUUCUGUAAAUGUAUUAAAUUGACUCUUUACUUAGUCAUAAGUACUUGAAUACUUUCUAAUAUUUACAUGACAUUCCUGUAUUUUAUAUUUCCGUCCAAAAUUGACUGAUUUUUACAUGCGCUUUUAUAUAUUUUUACAUAGAUUUAAGAUGUAUCUAUUUGGAAAUAAAUGUUUUAAAAAUA